AGUACUCUUGGAUAUAAGUGCCAAUUAAAAACACUGCUUUAGUAAACUCUAUUCCAGUGACUCUGCUUAAACGAUGUAUCAAAACAAUAAAUAUCGUAAGCACCUUGAGGAUCAUUUCUACGGGACGAAGAAUACAUCUCCCCUCAAUGAGAACAAAGAGCAUGGACAGUGUGCCUAUAAGGAUGUCGAAUGUCAAGCGCGUAGGGAAAGAAUUAAUUCUCCGGAGAAUAUUCCUCAGAUUUGCAAGCAAACUUAUACAUCGGAAAAGUACCUAGCUAGGCAGGAUAACUACGGCGAUUACAACAAAAGACCGUGUGAAAAUCCGACGUGCUCAUAUGAACAGCAUCAACAGCGCGUUCAUCAAGCGCAUGAUCCAUUUUAUAGGAAGUAUUAUCAUAGUAAUCAUAGUAAUCAUCAUUAUAAAUAUGAUGACAAUCGUCUCCAGUCCCAGCAACACCAGCUAUCCAACCAAUCGAAUGCUCGUCAGCAAUGGAGUCCGAAAAGAGUGAACGAACACAGUCCCGUAUACUCACCCAAACCAUAUAAUAGCCAUUUCCCUUUCGGUCGCAGUACUCGAAACCAGGAGCCAGUCAAUGAAAAUGGCGGGGGAGAUUGUCUUCUCUACAAGAACUUGACUUAUGGUGCCCCUCCAUCUAGCAAAAGUGAUGAUGGUGGCGGGGAUAGAGGUGCUAUGAAACACUCGCCCCAAUGUAAAAGCCCACAUCAGAAGAGAGAGUCACAUAACCGCUUUGAAGCGGCCAAAGCUCAUUGCCAAGCUAUUGGUGAUCAAUUUCGGCGGCAGUUUGCCCCUUCUAGCGAGGGUUCCAGCUCCAAGGGCUCCAAAUCCAAACCCUCCAAAGUAACCGUGAUUAGUGCUAAGAGCGGUGACGAUCUCAGAGCAGCAGUAAGAUCGCAAAUAGAACUGCAAGAGGCUAUCGAGGAAUUUAAGCUCGAAGUGAGGAAUAAACAGGGGGAGGCAUUGUCCGAUGACAAAUCCAGUCCACACCCGAAAAAGAUCCAAUCUCCCAAAUCCGAUUCAGUGGUUGAGGAUGUCGUUGCAAUGGCCAUGGAACCCCAUUCAGAUAAUGCACUUUCGGAUGACCUCCAAGACGAAGACUUGACUGGCAGCCCAGAUAAAUUAGUCAACACCAAAGUUAUAGAGCCCAUGAUAAUGAAAAUUCAACGCAUGUAUCUGAACACUCUGCAGGAGGAAUUUCAACUCAUUGAGUAUCUGGGAACGAUCCCGAAACUGGUCAAAGACGUUUAUAACCAAGAAACUGAUGAGGAGGAAAAAAUGCAUAAGGAAACAUAAAGAUUAUAUUUUUUUGAUUUACUUGUUAUAUUUUGUAUAAUAAAAAUUAUGUUUUAGGCAAAA